AUGUCUCUUACUGGAACAGAUGGAUUCAUAUUUAGACCGACAUUUGACGGAACAGUAAACCAUUUCGAUUUUAAUGCAUUACUCACAAUUGGUUCAAGUUCAUACAGUUCAUUAAAUGAAAGUUUGGAAUAUGAUAACAUUAGUAUAAGAUUCGAGCGUAAACCACAACAAGGCGUGUACACAUUGCGCAAUAAUGGCAUAUUAACACGUCUGAUAAGCUUAUCCGUUCAUGGAGAUAUUCACUGGAAUAACGAUAGAGCGCCCGUUUGGAAUACUUCUACAGGAUUUUCUUUUACAGAUGGUAGAACAGAUUUUAAUUUUCAUAUUUGGAAUUACAAUUGCCCUCCAGUUGAUACGAUGUGGUAUGGAUUUUAUAAUUAUAGAUUAAGUCAUAAAUUUGACUCUGGCACUGAAUAUUCAAAGACUUAUUAUCCUUUAUACGAUAUAGAUUCAGGCGUUAUUUUUACUUGGUUCAAUCGCACAAUCAAUCCUGGUCAAGAGUUGGUAUUAUGGUUUGGGUAUUCUGCAACAUACAGACCAAAUCUAUAUCCUCCAGACUUGGUUAUAACAACGCCUCCAAAAUCAAAUUAUACUGUAAAUGUUUAUCCGACAAUAAGUAUUUCUGGUACAGUAUUCGAUCGAGAUCUUUAUACAGAUGAUACAGUUUACUAUAGUUUUAAUAGCGGAAGUCAGGUUUCACUUGGAACCAUUUAUUCAAACACAAGUCCAACACCAUUUUCAUACUCAAUAAGUACAUCAAGUCUUUCCCCUGGAAAUCAUGUUAUCUAUAUUUGGGCUAAUGAUAGACUUCAUAAUUCAACCGUAUAUAGUUACAAUUUCUUAUUACUCCCUAAUCCGAUGAAUAUUCUUGUAACAAAAGAACCACCUUAUUCUGUUUAUCAUAAUUUAAACAAAACAUUACCAAUCAAAUUAGAAGCUUGGGACACUGAUCAAACUACUGAAUUACAAAUUUUAUACAAGCUAGAUUCAACAAGUUAUGUUAAUAUUAGAAACAUUACUUGCAGUGUUUUAUCCAAACAUUAUUCCACAAGCUUUGAUUUAUUUGUAAAUAACUUAACAACUGGUUCACACACAUUAUACAUUUAUGCAACAAAUGGCUCAGUAAGUUCAGCAACUUAUUCAAAAACAUUUUAUUUCUAUUACAACAGUCCAGAAAUUCAAUUGACAAGAGAACCACUCACAGAAUAUUAUUAUCAAACAGACCAUACAAUCGAAGUAACAAUGUCAAUUAAAGAUGUUGAUGGUGAUGAAAAUCUCACAAUAUAUUACUAUUUUGAUUCAUCAUCUUCUUAUCCUGUCAAAUUGGAGAAUGUUACUAUUGAAAAUGAAAACUCCGUUGUAACAAGACCAUAUUCAAUUUCUAUUGAUUCUUUAUCUGUAUCUUCACAUUCUAUUACAUUCUUCGCAAAAGAUCCCAGAAACCUUAAAUCAAAUUCCAUAACUUGCAGUUUCCGAAUCAGAUAUUAUGAUCCAGUCCUAGUAAUUGUAACUCCACCAGCAUCAAUAUACUAUAGAAAAGACUUUCCAUCAUUAACAAUCACUGGAAGAGUAUCUGAUGGAGAUGGAAGUGCAACUAUUACAGGAAAAUACAGAUUUGAUUCAUUAAGCACCUAUUCAACCAGUUCGAUAUCAGUUCCAUCUAAAACAGAUCCAGUAACAAAUACAUUUAGCAUAUCUUUCCCUUAUUUAAAUAAUGGAACACAUCAAAUAACAUUUUGGGUGACUGAUCAAUACAAUCUCGUUUCACAAACCUUCACAUAUACUUUCACAUAUGUAUUAGCUGAUCCAACUUUUGUAAUAACAACUGCUCCACGAUCAACAUACAAGAACGCACAAGAUACAUCAAUUUCAAUUACAUACAACGUUGGACAUCCAGAUCCGUCUAAAACAGUCUACAUCAAAUUUAAAUUCGACUCAAAUUCAUAUUCAAGUAUGAAUUCUUAUUAUUUCUCAACAACAACAGUAAGUACAUAUACUUAUUCAGUUUCAAUUCCUUCUCUUUCAUAUGGAAACCAUAAGAUUUAUUUCUAUGCAUUAGAUAACGAAGGAAUGUUUUCACAAACAUAUGAAUAUCAGUUCUUCUUCGAUUAUAACGCCCCAGUUUUAGAAAUCACAACAGCACCACUUUCAACAUACAGGAAAGCAACAUCAUCUUCUAUCUCGAUCACCGCCAAGUUAUCAGAUCGCGAUGGAAACUCAGUUCAGAAAUUCAAAUAUCAGUUUGAUUCACUCACUGCGACACAACUCACAACAGUCAAUGUUGCAUCAGGAACAACACCUGUAACUCAAACAUUUUCCAUUCCAUUCCCAUACUUAAAUAAUGGAACACAUACUAUCUUAGUAUGGAUUCAGGAUCAAUAUAACAUGGAUUCAACACCUUUAACAUAUACUUUUUCUUAUAUUUUGAUUGAUCCAACAUUCACAAUAUCGACAACACCUUUAUCAACAUACAAGAAUGUUCAAGAUACAUCGAUAUCAAUCACAUACAACGUUGGGCAUGCUGAUCCAACAAAGACUGUCUACAUCAAAUACAAAUUUGACUCAAAUGCAUAUGCAAAUUUAAAUACACAUACAAUCUCGUCGACAACAGUAUCAUCAAUUACAGCUUCUGCUGCAAUUCCAGCUUUAUCAUAUGGAAAUCAUAAGAUUUAUUUCUAUGCAUUGGAUAAUGAAGGAAUGUUUUCACAAACAUAUGAAUAUCAAUUCUUCUUCGAUUAUAACGCCCCAGUCUUAGAAAUCACGACAGCUCCACUUUCAUCAUACAGGAAAGCAGAUUCUACAUCAAUAUCUAUCACAGCAAAACUCUCUGACCGUGAUGGAAAUUCAGUUCAGAAAUUCAAAUAUCAGUUUGAUUCACUCACUGUGACACAACUCACAACAGUUAACGUUGCAUCAGGAACAACGCCAGUGACUCAAACUUUCUCUAUUCCAUUCCCUUACCUCAACAAUGGAACACACACGAUCAAAGUCUGGAUUGAAGAUCAAUACAAUUUUGAAUCUUCUAAAUUUACUUACACAUUUGAAUAUGUUUUAAUUACUCCAUCACUAACAAUGAUUACUACUCCUUUGUCUAAGUAUAAGAAUGUUCAAGACACAUCAAUUUCAAUAACCUAUGGUAUAAGUCACUCAGAUCCAACAAAGACAGUAUACAUCAAAUAUAAAUUUGAUUCUAAUGCAUAUGCAAACUUGAAUACACACACAAUAUCAUCAACUGCCCAAUUAACUCAGUCUGCAUCGAUCACAAUUCCAGCUUUAUCGUAUGGAAACCACAAAAUAUAUUUCUAUGCAUUAGAUAACGAAGGAAUGUUUUCACAAACAUAUGAAUAUCAGUUCUUCUUCGAUUAUAACGCCCCAGUUUUAGAAAUCACAACAGCACCACUUUCAACAUACAGGAAAGCAACAUCAUCUUCUAUCUCGAUCACCGCCAAGUUAUCAGAUCGCGAUGGAAACUCAGUUCAGAAAUUCAAAUAUCAGUUUGAUUCACUCACUGCGACACAACUCACAACAGUCAAUGUUGCAUCAGGAACAACACCUGUAACUCAAACAUUUUCCAUUCCAUUCCCAUACUUAAAUAAUGGAACACAUACUAUCUUAGUAUGGAUUGAAGAUCAAUAUGAUUUUAAGUCCUCAAUUUUUUCAUAUACUUUUGAAUACGUUUUAAUUGAUCCAACAUUCACAAUAACAACUGCUCCACGAGCAACAUAUAAGAAUGUUCAAGAUACAUCGAUCUCGAUCACAUACAACGUUGGGCAUGCUGAUCCAACAAAGACUGUCUACAUCAAAUACAAAUUUGACUCAAAUGCAUAUGCAAAUUUGAAUACACAUACAAUCUCGUCGACAACAGUAUCAUCAAUUACAGCUUCUGCUGCAAUUCCAGCUUUAUCAUAUGGAAAUCAUAAGAUUUAUUUCUAUGCAUUGGAUAAUGAAGGAAUGUUUUCACAAACAUAUGAAUAUCAAUUCUUCUUCGAUUAUAACGCCCCAGUCUUAGAAAUCACGACAGCUCCACUUUCAUCAUACAGGAAAGCAGAUUCUACAUCAAUAUCUAUCACAGCAAAACUCUCUGACCGUGAUGGAAAUUCAGUUCAGAAAUUCAAAUAUCAGUUUGAUUCACUCACUGUGACACAACUCACAACAGUUAACGUUGCAUCAGGAACAACGCCAGUGACUCAAACUUUCUCUAUUCCAUUCCCUUACCUCAACAAUGGAACACACACGAUCAAAGUCUGGAUUGAAGAUCAAUACAAUUUUGAAUCUUCUAAAUUUACUUACACAUUUGAAUAUGUUUUAAUUGAUCCAACAUUCACAAUAUCGACAACACCUUUAUCAACAUACAAGAAUGUUCAAGAUACAUCGAUAUCAAUCACAUACAACGUUGGGCAUGCUGAUCCAACAAAGACAGUAUACAUCAAAUACAAAUUUGACUCAAAUGCAUAUGCAAAUCUGAAUACACACACAAUCUCGUCUACUUCUCAAAUCACACAAACAAUGUCAAUAACGAUGCCUUCAUUAACAUAUGGAAACCACAAAAUAUAUUUCUAUGCAUUAGAUAACGAAGGAAUGUUUUCACAAACAUAUGAAUAUCAAUUCUUCUUCGAUUAUAAUAAGCCAGUAGUGACAGUAACGAAGCAGCCUGUCACAGUGUUCACAAGAUUUGUUGAUACACAGAUCACUUUCACAUGCUCUUUCACAGAUAGGGAUGGACCAGAAACACUCAAAGCGUUGUACAGAUUCGAUAUCGACACAGCGAACAAAACAUAUUCUAAUGUCCAGAUAACAUCUUCGACAGCAGAAACAUCUCUAUCAUUCACAAUCAACUUCCCGACAAAUUAUGUCUCAGGAGAUCACACAUUAUCAUUCUGGGCAUCAGAUGCUAACAACCUCAUUUCGAACAUCAUCACGUUCGAAUUCGAGAUCAAGAGGAUUGAUCCAGUUCUUCAAGUCACGAAAGAACCAAGUUCUCUUUUCAGGAAUAAUGUUAGCACUACAUUCUCAUUUGAUGUUAAAGCAUCGCAUAAAGAAGGGCCAAUCACAGAUGUCCUCAAGUACAAGCUCGAUAACAAUCCAGAAAUUGUUCUCGACAACAUCUACAUAUCAUCGAUGACUGCGUUUGUCAGCAAAUCAUACAGCAUCUCAGUUCACGGUCUCUCUAACGGAACACACUCUAUUCAGUUCUGGACAGAGUACGAAGUCAACAAGUCUCAGAUAUUCACAUAUGAAUUCGAUUACGUAUACAACGCUCCGAUCCUCGAGAUCACACAGUCACCUGGUUCGAAGUACAUCAAAUACGUGAACAACACGAUACCGAUCUCAUACAAAGUGACGGAUAUCGAUGGUCCAGAAACGAGUGUCCUUUUGUACAAUUUCGACUCAUUUCAAGAGAUCAAAGCACUCGACUUCAUCGUUGAGACUAAAACAUCAUCAACGACAGGCGAUUACACUAUCGUCCUUCCAGAUCUCACAGUAGGAACUCACGUCAUCCAAAUCUGGGUGAAAGACAAAGUCGGAUACAUCUCUGAGAUCAAGAGCUACACGAUCGACUAUCACAUCUCAUUGCCAGUCUUGAAUCUUGAAGGACUUCCUUACUUCAUCAGCACAUUCGGAAGGAACAUGACAGUCAAUGUUACAUUAUUCCAUACAUAUGGACCAGGCAACGUCAAGUUUGUCAGUUACCUCGACAACAGGAAGAACGAGACACUGAACUACACAGCAAACAUCCCUUAUGAUGACGGAAGACUGAUAUCGAUAAGCAGUAUCGUUUCAGUCCCAGUCCCAACAAAGACAGGAAGACACACACUUUACAUGUAUGUUAUUGAUGCAACCAACGAAGUGAGUAACAUCAUUUCUACAACAUUCUUGUUCGAGAAUGUCUUUGAAUCACAUCUCAAAGAGAAUCAUUUCAAACGGAACACACGUCAACUUCUUCUUUUCAGUCGAAUAGUUGACAUUGAAUAA